CCGCCAUCUCUAUCGUCUCCUGCGUGUCAUCAUGCCUCGCACCUCUCUCCCUCUCACUCCCCCGAGCUCUUCCCCUCCGCGUCCUCCCACACGUGGAUUGGGUUCCCAACCACAGCCACUCCCGCCAACCUUCUAUAAGGCCGACGAGUAUAUGGUGCAACGAUACCCAGGCUUCAAGCCUAUGACCGAAGCCGAGCUCCACGGCUCCAUCAAGAUGGCUUUCCAAGCUACUGACGAAAACUUGCAUACCUACAUUGACGCUAUCAAUAAACGCGUGGAGGAAAUGAUUGCAGGUCCCGGGAUCCGGACGAUGGGGGUGAAGCCGCAGUCAGACGACAAGACCUUCUUCGUGCGCAUCCCCGACUCCGAGUAUGCGAUCCGUAUGUGGGAUGGCGGGAUGGACUUCUACCGCCAGUUCUGCCUCGAUUUCUACGACACUCGUCGACAGAUCCCUGUCAAUCUUCCUGAGGGAUUCGCCCUUUGGUCGUCGCCGUCGAACGUACAAGGCAUGUACACGAUGUCAGGCCCACUCGUUUCGUGGGAAAGGGCUAUGGAUUGUAAAGACUUCCCCGACGGGGAAGAGAAGUGGAGUGUUCCGGAGGGCAUGCACAUCACCCUCGUGCGAGCAGACCGUCCUGAGACUUUCACGUUCAUGGUGCCUGUUAGGCAGUCUGCGUAUGCCGUACCUGUACAACCUCAAUAUGGGAACCUGUGAUGGGCACGUACGUUUGUUGUGUAUUUGUAUCUCCCCUCUUCAUGAUAUCGAAUGAACAAGGCGUUGUCGUCUGACCAUUGCGAGUGAUUCUCCGCUAGUUGCCGAGUUACGACAAUGCAUGAACAGCUCGCCUUCGUUGGCAGCACAGAAAGCAGGACGUCCUUGGUAAGUAUAUCAGCCUCAUAAUGCACGUUUCGCCUGACGCGGCGGAGAGCAUGAGC